CGGAACCGACAUUGAAAUUCCUGAAAUACCCUUCUUUUUUCUUCGUUCUCGGUUUCAAUUGCCAACGACACAAAUCAAAUCUCCCAAAUUAUCUAAUCUAGGGUUUCGUUUUCGCAAGGCGCAACCCUUGCCUUCCACUCUCACCACCCCAACCAAUAAUUAACCCUUCAUUCUCUCUCUCACGCUCUCCCUUAGGGUUUGGGGUUUCCAAUUGACUGCGCUCAUUCACUUUUCUCUUCGUUAUUCGACGCUCCACAAGGUUUUCGUGCGUUUCGGUGUUUGCGAUUGAUUCAGAUUUUUCGGGUUUAGGUUUUUGAGGGGGUUUAGGAAUGGCUACGGCAACUGAAGGGGUUGAGUACGAGAGUGAUCCCGAAGAGGCCACGAGAUCGCUCGCAAUGCGGAGAAGGCGCGAGGCCAGUGAUGAUGAAGAAACUGACGCCGACGCUGACAGAAGAGACGCCACUUCCGAUCGCCGGAUAACUCAUUCUGUUGACUCCGACGGCGAGGGCGGCGUGGCAGAUUAUGAUGACGAAGAAGACUUGGAAGAAGAAGAGGAAGCGGUGGAGGAGGAGGAAGAAGAGGUAGAAGAAGAAGAUUUAGAAGAAGAAGAGAGGAGUGAACAUGAAUAUGAAGGAGGUGCUAAUGGCACAGUGGUGAAAGAUUCUGAUGAUGCUGAUGUGAAAGCCCUUUUGGAGGAAUCAGGGAAUGGAGAUGAAGAAGAGAAGAAGGAGAAUGAACCAUUUGCGGUGCCCACUGCUGGAGCAUUCUAUAUGCACGAUGAUAGGUUCAGGGACAAUGCCGGUGCACGUCACAGGCGAAUGCGUGGUGGAAGGAGACUGUGGGAGUCCAAGGAUGAUAGGAAGUGGGGACAUGAUAAGUUUGAGGAAAUUACUUUGCAGGAAAGGCACUAUAAAGAGGGAAGGAGACCUUCUAAGGGUAAUUUUCGAGGCCGUGGUGGUAAAACUCGAGGUGUUGAUCGCAGUGGAGGAUAUGUUAGAGGUAACCGGAAAGGGUAUGAUAACAGAGGCAAUCAAACUCAAGCACCAAAGAGUAUUGUACGAGGGAGAGGACCCCGGAGGUACGAGCCUACUAGUAAGAACAAUGAUUCAGCAUCCCAGGUGCAAAAUAAACAAUCUGGGAAGCAGCCAGAGAAAACAUCACAUGCUAGUUCGGGAAAAACUUUUGCUCCUGUCUCUAAUUCAGAGCCUGAUCCUGUGCCUGCUAAGAAACAAGUGUUUGCAUCAAGUUUGAAUUAUGCAUCUCCCCCCUUUUACCCUUCGAGUUCUUCCAACAAAGAUUUAAGUGUGGCACCAAAAGGGGAUGUUCAAACGUGUGGUACAGGCAGGAAUGUUCGCUCUGGUGUUGUGAAUGAUGGUUUUUUGGUUCAACAGAACAGUGCACUUCUUCGGGGAAAGAAUGUCGUUGAUCAUGUUAGCAUGGAGAAGCUGUAUAUUGAUGGGCCUGGCGCACCAUCUGCUGGAAAGGCUUUUAACAAUAUGCAUAUUCCACCACCUGGAUCUUCUGGAGUUAAUGCUUCUCAAUCUGCUCAUCCAAGAGGUCACGGGAGGGGUGGAGCAGUGCCAGUACAGAUGAAUUAUCAGCCUGUUACCUCCCAUAAUCAAGUAAGUAAAAUUGAUCCAACACAACUCCAGGCUAUUCAGAGAACUGCUCCAGGGCAAACUUCACCUUCUUUGCAAACCCCUGCUCCACAGGUUGGUAAUCGACCUGGUAGUGGGUCUCAAGCUUCAUCUCCCCCCAAAACAUCCAACACGAUUAGUUCAUUGGAUUCUGGAGAAAUUGAUGCAGCUUCAGAUACCAGUAAAUUGAAGGGUGCAUUGGUUGGGAAGGGAAGGGGAGCUCCCCAGGGUAGUAGUGGAAGGGGCUCUUUUGUUUAUGGUGGAGCUAUGGGGACUGCUGGAAAUAUCAGUGGUAGUCAUGGAGAUCAGAACUUCCCAACCUUCUUGCCAGUUAUGCAAUUUGGUGGGCAGCAUCCCGGUGGCAUAGGAGUUCCUGCUGUUGGCAUGGCGUUCCCUGGAUAUGUUGCUCAGCCUCAACUUGGUUUGGGAAACUCUGAAAUGACCUGGCUACCAGUUUUGACCGGGGCAGCAGGUGCUUUAGGGGCUACGUAUUGUCCACCCUAUCUCACUGUUGAUGGUUAUCAUGCCCGACAAUCAGGACAAACAUCUGCAACAUCUACUUCAAGCAAGGAAAAUAAUGUGAAUAAAGCUAAUAAUGAAUGGAAGCCACCACAGAAAUCAGAGCCUGUAAAUGAUGAGUUUGGACAGCGGCAAAAUAAGCCCCGCAGGCAAGUUGAUUUGCGGAAACAUUUUCAUAUACUCAGAGAUGAAUUUUGGGCAAUGAAGUGUUAUAGAAUGCAACUUGUUUGAAUAAAAAGAUAAGGCCUUCUUCCUCUUGGUCCUUUGUCUUCCAGCUUAGGCUCUGGAGUACUUUGGGCAGCGAUAUGUUUCAAGAAUUUUUAGUUAUAUAACGCCUGUUCAUGCUGUUCUCCAUUUAAAGAAGUUACUUGCAGCUUGACAGGUGGUAGUUGCUUAUGUAAUUGUGCGAUUUUUCUUGCGUUUUGCUUUCGUGAAGCUCGUGAGAAACAUAGGCAGGUUUUUCUACAACUAUGAAUGUGGGAAAAAAAGAACGACGAUUGUUUUUCAGCAACUGAUUGCUCGUGGAGAUGAAAAUUUCUCGUGUAAAUAAAUGGUUUUCUUGUUCAUCUGGUAUGUACUUGUGGUAAAUUUAUUACGAGACGUCAAAUAGUGUAAUACUCUUAUUUUUCCAAAUUCAAAUUAGUGUUUCUGAUUGAGUGGUUUUUGCUUUAGAAUUUAUUGUUUCUUCUAUUGAGAUUCAGACUUCGUGUCAUCUCUGAAGGGAAGUUAAUUUAGUACUGUUACCCAAGGCAGGUUUGGUAUUCCAUUAAAAGGAUGGUUUUUAUUUUGUUGUCCUCUA